UUGGGCUUAUCAAGGGCUUAUAGUAGGUUGAAACAUACUCCUAUGGAAAACAUUCACGGCCUACAUUGGGCUAUGGCAGCGGUGUUCGUUGUCGGGGAUAUGGCCGGUGGUGGAAUGAUAGCUCUACCCAAUGCAUUAACAUGUUCAGGAUUAAUACCAGGCCUGAUUCUUAUUUCCCUCUGUGCAUUAUGCUCCGGAUAUACUGGACUACAGUUGGCAUAUAAUUGGACGAUGUUGCAGAAAAGGUGGCCAAUGUACCGUGGGAUCUGUCGGAAGCCGUACGGCGAGAUAGCGUUUCGAGCCUGCGGCCAAAGAAUGAGGUCAUUCAUUGCGGUGAUGGUUUGUCUGACACAGUUUGGCUUCGCUACCGUGCUUAUUCUGCUUGCUGCCAAGAAUACAGCAAUUCUGCUGCAUUUCUUCUUCAGUAUAAAGAUAAACUUUUGCUGGCUAAUCGUUAUUGUCGGGUUGAUAGUGUGGCCAGCUACGAUGCUCAGAAGCCCGAUGCAUUUUUGGCAAGUCGCCGUAUUCUCAGCACUAUCCAGUUCUAUCGCUGUUUGCUUGCUGGUGAUCGGUUUUGUACACGAUGCUCCAGUUUGUGGGCAGGACACCUCAUAUCGAGCAUUCGAUUUGCGAAACUUCUUCAUGGCAUACGGCACAAUGGUAUUCGCAUUUGGUGGUCACGCCGUAUUCCCAACAAUACAAAACGAUAUGAGAAAGCCUCGUCUUUUCACACGUUCCGUUUGGGUUGCGAUUUCAGUAAUCGUAACUUAUUACGUCGUAAUUUCUGUGAUGGGCUAUUUCAUAUAUGGAGCAUCCGUGGGUGACGCAAUUAUACCCUCUGUACAACUCCAAUGGGUUCAGCAAACUGUAAACUUGAUGAUAGCAUUACACGUCAUUACAACUAUUGUCAUUGUAUUUUCGCCAUUGACACAACAAGUGGAAGAAAUACUGAGGAUUCCACACCAUUUUGGAUGGCAGCGUUUCCUAGUCCGAUCUGUACUAUUCUGGACAGUCAUAUUUGUGGCCCUCUCCCUUCCGAACUUCGGUCCCCUUCUUGAUUUGAUUGGGGCGUCGACAAUGUCAAUGAUGACGAUGAUAAUGCCCAGCAUCUUUUAUCUUUUCCUAUGCCGAAAAAUUCUGAUCAAAGAGGGGAAAAGAUCACCAGAUGCCCCAGAUGACGAAGGAGCCACUUUCAAAGACAUUCUUAACUACGUCCCAAGGAGAGUUCUUUCUCUGAUUAGUAAUCGAUUGCAUGUUUUAGCUUUUGGAAUCAUCGGAGGACUGGCAGCUACUGGCUUUUCCAUAGUAGCCCUCAGCAGUGCAGACGUUGCUGCUCCAUGUUAUGUUCAAUACAUCCGGCAAGGUGGUUUACCGUUUGUGGCGUCUCGUGAUGGGACAGUCAAUUGCUGUGGAUUAUUCCAAAACAUUACCGUUUCUGGAAACAGCCCUACAGGAUAUUGUUCCGCAUUUAGACCAACAUGA